AUUUUCAAAUUAUGAUUAUUUAGCUACAUUUCUUUUCUCCUUAUUAAUUUUAUUUUAUAUCGAGAAUAUUAUCAGAAUUGUUAAUUUUUUUCGUAAUUUAUAAUUCUUUCUUCGUACCAAAGAUUUUUCGAUCUUUUCAGUUAUUUUAAUGGAUGAAGAAGACUGUUAUAUGAAAAAAGAAGCUCAAGGUAGCUUUCACUCCAAGAAUCUUGGAUCUAGUCCUUCAUUCAUGACAGAGAGUGAAGGUCUAGAUUCUACAGAGAAACAUGGUGAUCUUGGAGACAUGACUUUUUAUAUGGCUAAUUAUAUUAAAGAUGCUAUGAAAAUGAUGUUCAUUAUGCGUAGUCAUCAUAUGCUCACUGAUGUUAUAUUAGAAGUGGAAUCAGAAUUGUUCUAUGCACAUAAAGUCAUUUUAGCUGCUGCUAGUCCAUACUUUAAGGCAAUGUUUACUGGAGGUUUGAAAGAAUCUGAAAUGUCUAGGGUAAAACUUCAAGGUGUCAGUCCAACAACUAUGGCACGCUUAAUGUAUUUCAUGUAUACUGGUCAAAUAAGAGUUACAGAAAUUACAGUAUGCUCCCUUUUAUCAGCAGCCACCAUGUUUCAGGUUAGUAAUGUCAUAGAUGCGUGUUGUGUAUUUUUGGAAAGACAAUUAGAUCCCACAAAUGCUAUUGGAAUUGCUAAUUUUGCUGAACAGCAUGGUUGUCAAAAUUUAUAUCAGAAAGCGAAUCAGUUUAUUGUUCAACAUUUUAGUCAAAUAUGUCAGGAAGAAGAGUUCCUACAAUUAUCUGCAAUGCAAUUGAUUGCACUUGUGAGAAAAGAUGAACUAAAUGUACAAGAAGAGAGAGAAGUAUACAAUGCAGUUUUAAAAUGGGUUAAAUACAAUGAAGAAGCUAGAGGACCAAAAAUGGAGCAUAUAUUGCAUGCAGUGAGAUGUCAAUAUCUCACUCCUAACUUUCUUAGAGAACAAAUGAAAAAUUGUGAUGUUUUGAAAAAAGUACCUGCAUGUAGAGAAUAUCUUGCACAAAUUUUUAAAGAUUUGACUCUUCAUAAAAAACCAGUGGUGAAAGAAAGAACUCCUAAUACUCGUAGAGUAAUAUAUAUAGCUGGUGGUUUUUUGAAACAUUCUUUAGAUCUUUUAGAAGGAUAUAAUGUAGAUGAAAAAACUUGGACUCAACAUGCUAAAUUAAUUGUUCCGAGAUCUGGAUUAGGUGGAGCAUUUUUAAAGGGUAUGUUUUAUGCUGUUGGUGGAAGAAAUAAUUCACCAGACAGUAGAUAUGAUAGUGAUUGGGUUGAUAGAUACAAUCCACUCACAGAUCAAUGGAGAGCUUGCAGUCCAAUGUCUGUUCCAAGAAAUCGAGUAGGAGUAGCUGUGAUGGAUGGGCUGCUAUAUGCUGUAGGAGGUAGUGCAGGUGUAGAAUAUCAUAAUAGCGUUGAAUGUUAUGAUCCAGAACAUGAUUCUUGGACUAAUGUAAAACCAAUGCAUAUCAAGAGGCUGGGAGUUGGAGUAGCUGUAGUUAAUAGAUUACUUUAUGCCAUUGGUGGAUUUGAUGGAACAAACCGAUUAAAUUCCGUAGAAUGUUACCAUCCUGAAAAUGAUGAAUGGACAAUGGUUUCAUCUAUGAAAUGUAGUCGAUCAGGAGCUGGAGUAGCCAAUCUUGGACAAUAUAUAUACGUCGUGGGAGGAUAUGAUGGAACUAGGCAAUUAAAUUCUGUAGAAAGAUAUGAUACAGAGAGAGACAUAUGGGAACAUGUUAGUAACGUCACUAUUGCUCGUAGUGCACUUAGUGUUACUGUACUAGAUGGAAAACUAUAUGCUAUGGGAGGAUAUGAUGGUGAACAUUUUUUAAAUAUAGUCGAAAUUUACGAUCCUGCAAAAGAUAUCUGGGAACAGGGAGUACCAAUGACAUCUGGAAGAUCAGGUCAUGCAAGUGCAGUAUCAUAUCACCAAUGUCCCAUUCAUUGCGACCAUUUAGAUCAUAAUAUGCCUUUAGAAAAAUGACCAUCAUGAUAUAUGUAAUUGUUAGGCAUUAAUUUACAUAUUGGUGUAAAAUAUUUAAAUUCAGGAAAUAUAUAAAAAAAGCAAAGAAAAA